UACGCAGAAUUCCCCACCCCCAGCCAUGGCGUCCACAUCCGUCGUCACCCUCAACGUCGGCGGCGAGCUCUUCCAGACCACCGCCGCCACCCUCUCCCGCGCCGGCGCAUCCUCCCCACUCGCCUCCCUCGCCCCUUCGCCCCCAACCGCGCCACACUUCCUCGAUCGCGACCCGCGCCUCUUCGCCCUCAUCCUCUCCUUCCUCCGCCGCGGCCGCCUCGCGUCCCCUCCUCCCUCUCCGGCCCUCCUCGCCGAGGCGCGCCACUUCGCACUCGACGGCGCCCUCCUCGCCUCCCUUUCCCCCGCGUCCGCCUUCUCCCCUCUCUCCCUGCGCCCCGCCGCCCUCCUCCCCCUAACCGGCCGCGUCGCUCCCUCCGCAGUGGCCAUCUCCCCUUCCCCGAGCACAGCCUCCCUCCUCGCCGCGCACGGCGGGGUUGUUACCAGCUUCGACGCCGCGCUCGCCUCCCGCACCAGCGUCCUCACGCCGCUCCCCGCCGUCGACUCGCUCGUCGCCGUGUCCCCAGCCCUCGCCCUCGCUGGCGCGCGCGACUUCCCCGGCGUCCACCUCUGCCGGUUCCCACGAGACACCCCGGCCACAGCUUCCGAAGCGCUUUCCUGGCCGGACUCGCCUUCUGCCUCCGUGCUCUCCCUCGCCGCCUCACAAGCGGCGCCACAGUGCCUCUUCGCCAGCUUCGAGUCAGCGCGACGGAACUCGAGCGCCGUCGUGGCGUUCGAUCUGAACUCCCUCACACCCGUGGCCGAGAUCGGGCGGAAGGAGGUGUUCGGCGCGGACGUGGAGGCAGCUAUACCGCCGACCAAGCUCGGAUGGCUGGCCGGGCACAGUCUCUUGCUCGCCGCCGGGUCACACUCUGGGCCGGCUGGCAUGGUCGGCGACAUACGCCUGUGGGAUGUCCGGGCGAGUUCCACGGUGCCCGUGUGGGAGGUCAGGGAGAAGGAGGACUGCUUCGCAGAUGUGGCUGCGUCGGACUCGCUGUCGGCGUUGUUCAAGGUGGGGGCUGCGUCCGGUGAGGUUUUCAUGGCUGAUUUGAGGAGACUUGGUGGUGAUGGUGUUGGCGUCGAGCCCUGGGUGUGCAUCGGGGACGAGAAAAGGGCAAGUGCAGCCACAGCAUCUCGCAGAAAGGAUGGGAACAAUUGUAGGGUUGAGUGCUACCGCGAUUGGGUGUUUGUGGCACGCGGGGCAGAUGUUGAGGUUUGGUCGCAGGUGGAGUUGACAUCUGAGGCUGGUACGAAAAAGGCGAUGAGGAGGAACUGGGUAGGGAAUGGCCCAUCCAUGAGUACUGCAGGCAGCGAGGAGGGGGUGAUGGAGAAGGCCAAGAUCGUGAGCUGGGCCUUCGGAGGCAGCAGGAUGGCAUUGGCUAGAGCCGAUCAACGGUCUAUCGAGGUGUGGGAUAGUGCUUCAGGUGCAAUGUCAGUAAACCUCUGAAUAAAGGAGCAAGAUUAAACAUAUCUGCAGGUUCCAGUUCCCUACCGGUUGUGUUCCAAUCAGAUGCUUUCUUAAUGUCUAUCGCUGAAUCCUCCGGUAUCACUAUCUCAUAGCUGAAUUCUAUUGGAACGGGAAGAUUGACAAAAAAAAAAAAAAUUGAGGACUUCCAUGUUGAGAGAAGAGCUGCUUCACACUCUGCAGGAUAUCCUAGCUUGUACUAUCUAAAUAGGAACUAAGGUGUGUUCACUGUUAUAUAUAGCAGCACCUUAAUCGGGUUGCUGAGAAGGAAGACCGCGAUCCAGGAUGACGAGGGACCAUAUAACUUUGUGUAACGUUGAUGUGCUGUGUUACAACGUUUAUAGCUUGUUUAGGUGUGGAAAACACACCCAGAUCCUACAAGCCUACAAGUUAUCAGUGAAGCACAAGGCAACAUCCACCCUCUCGCAGCUGCUGUUUGCUGUAGUCACGGGGCAUAUAUAUAGGUAGGCAGGUUGUCCUCCUCCUAGAAACAGCUCCAUCCAUAAUCUCUCUAGAUCGAUUGUGAGAAAUUAAUUAUAGACAACCUGCAUGGAAUGAGCAGGUAGGAUCUGUUAAAAUAGCGCCCAAUCUCCUACAUGUCGUGUUCUUUGCCUUCCCUCCUUGGUAUGAUGGUAUCCAUGUAUGCGGUAUUUCUCUAUAGAUUCAGUCUUCUAUUUUUGUUUUUCUAUUAGUUACUUUUUCAUUUCCCUCUUCUGCGGCACCACUCCUAUCUACAUCUACAUCUACAUCUACAAAUGAGAUUGUGAAUGCCAAAUUUUUUUUUUCCAUGGUUAGUUUGUAAGAAAAGUGGAGCACAGACUUUUUAUUCGAUGGAAAGGAACUAUAUAUGUCUGUGCAUUAAGUUUGACUU